UAUCCGCAAGAUACUGACGCGACACCGCAACUUCAGAGUUCAAACCCUGCUUCAGCAAAUCAGUCUGCUCAUUCCACCAACCAUCAGGCGCUUAUGCUUUAGCUAUUAAACUUUUGUUCAUCUGUCCAGGGCAGCCUAGCGCAGAAGGAUGGCAACGGAGGCAGUAUCUGCUCAGCCUGUUCAGAAUGCGAUUGGUGGCCUCGUUAUGCGAGAAAAUGGACUUAUAACGAGCCUGUCGACGGUGACCAGCAGCAUCUCGACGGCUGCAGACUACCUGACGGUGCUAGGAGACACGGAAAAGGUGGCUGCAUACAAGGAGCUGAUGCUGAGCCUGGGCAAGCUGACGCAUGAGAUCAAGACACACCAGGACGCACUGAGGGAGCUGGGGACCAGCUACCAGGCCUCCGCUGAGCCCACCGACUUCCGCGCGGUGCUGGACGCGGCCCUGGCCGACCGCCUGAAGCGGCAGCCCUACGAGCCGCGCUCGGACGCGGCCAUGCGGGAGUUCGUGACGGGGCUGGGCGAGGACCCGGACGCCGUGCUGGCGGGCGGCGCGGCGGGCGGUGGCGGCGCCGGCGGCCAGGCGGCGGAGGACGAGGAUGACGACGUGGUGGAGCAGGGCGCGGGCGGGCGGCGCAACUGGACCAACACCACCUGCCCGCUCAGCCUGAAGAACGUGCUGGACCUGGAUCACCCGGUGCGCGACCCGGUGGGCUACGUGUUCGACCGCGAGGCGGUGACCGACUGGCUGCGGCGCACGCGGCGGCCGGGCCUGGCGCCGGCGCAGAUGCAGGCGCACCCGGUGGCGGGCUGCAGCCACUUCCUGCGCGAGGAGCAGCUGGUGCCGGCGGCGGAGGUGGUGCGCGAGCAGCGGCGGCGGCGGCUGCAGCAGCUGAUGGGUGGCGGCGCGGGCGGGGCGGGCGGCGCCGGCGCGGGGGUGGCGGGCGAGGGCGAGGACGACAUCAUUGAUGUGUGAGGUGGUGCGGUGCAGAGCGUGUGUGGGGGGGGCGGGAGGUGCUGACUGCUGCGGCAGGCAAUAGGGAAGGAUGGAGGAAGGGAAGGGGCGGGGCGAGUAGGGGGCUGCAGGCGAGCGUGGUGUAGGCCAGUCGUAUCCGCCUUGUGUGAGAUGAGCAGCUGCCGCAGGCCACAGGUCGGGCUGGGGGUGUGUGGCUGCCGCUGCGGCGCUGGCUGCGUUGACUGCUGUCCACACAGUUGUGGCAAUGGGGGUGUAGCGACAGGCGCGCGGCCGUGCCGCUGGCUGCCAGGUCCGGAGCAGGUCGGCGUCAGAGGGACGCAUGGUGAGUGCGGCAAGCCAAGGUCCGUGCGGGGAUACCACAGUGGGGUGGAGGCCGCCGCCCACGCAGCAGGCGCAACCGCGGCGCAUCAUGAGGGGCUGUCCGUUCGGGGCGGCGGCGGCUCAUUGGCGCAGUGGCGGAGCGGGUUGUGCCGCCGCAUUGCCGCAGACGGUCUUGUGGACGCGGACGGCUGGAACUGUGAUGCUUCCGGUAUUUGCGGUGUGGUGUGAUUUGCUACUGAUGCGUAACGGCGCUCGCAAGGGUUGGCUAGGUGAUGUGUGGGUGAGUGCAGGAGCUCAUAACAGCUGUCUUUGCCAAGAGUCGCAUGCUGCCUGCUGUGUGCUCAUGUGUGAGAGCACCUGCAGCGGCGCGUUGUGGAGGUUGAGGUGCCGGGGUGCCUCGUGGGUGCGCACGUGCGUGUGUCAUCGUGCAUACAACGCACUGAGUUGCGCUCUUCCACACCACCGAAAGCAUGAAGCCGGGUGCAACCAGUAGCGC